AUGAGCGCGAGCUUCCAGGGCAUGGGCGUGACCCGGUGGGAGGUCCAUGGGGUCGUGGAAGCCUUCAUCUCCAUGUACAGCAGCCCUAUGCAAGCCAUGGGCUCCAAGCAUGGUCCGCUGUCCGAGCUGCAAGCAGGCCUCCGGUCGGCGACGUUCGUGCAGCACCUCAAAGCGCUGCCGCCAUCGACCUUCCAGUCGCUUGUGGACGUUGUCGCACGGAUGGCCAUCAACAUGGAGGCGAGUCGGCUCGAAGAUGACAUGCUAGCGAUUCUCUGCGAGGUUACCAAGGGCGCGCUUGUCGGGUACCCGACGCCACCGCUCGCCAAGCUCCUUCAAGCGCUCAUCCACACGCUUAUCCGCGAUAUUCUGCAUGACGCCGAUAUCGAGUCGGAAGAGCAAGACUCGAGCUUCUUGCUGCAUCUGCAGACGCUUGCGGGCUGUCUGCACGGCAACGUCGGCGUCCGGCUCUUUGUCGCUGAGCUCCCCGAGCGGAAGGAGCUGGUCCGGACGCUUGCUGUCAUGCUCAACCGCACGGACGAUGCGAGCGUCCUCAUCUACAGCAUGUCAAUCUUGGCGCGUCUCGUGCUGAGCGAACCAGUCGGGCAAAAGCUCUUCCAGACCAAGAACAUUGAGAAGGCGCUGGCGCUCAUUAGCCCGAUCGUGUCCGACAAGGACAACACCGUGCUUCUCUUGAGCUAUGACAACUCGUCGACCAAAGAAAGUGUAUCGCUGCAAAUGGCGUGCGUGGACCUCCUCGCGGACCUCGCGACGCAGCCCUGGAUCCUUGCAGCCUUGGAGGCCUCGGAAGAGCUUCACGAACUCACGCAAAGCUUGCUGACGGAUCGUUUCCACAUGCAAGAGAGUAGCGUCCUGCACCUUCAAGUGACCUUGUACUAUCUCUCGACGCUCGUGAGCUUGAGCCACCGCUUUCGGCGUGACCUUGUCCAGCGCUUCCCCAGCCUCUCGCAGACGCUGCCUGUCGUGCUGCACCCCGUCCAGUCGAUCGCAAUCGCGGCCGCUCAGUUCUUUGUCGCGUUUCUUGGCGAGGACAAGGCCGUCGUCGACGCGCUCAUCGAUACGUGCCCCGAGGGCGAACCGUCGACGCUGCAGCCGACGCUGGUUGAGCUCUUUCGCUUUGUGCACACGACGAUCGCUACGCUCGUGCGCGACGCCGGCGACGUCGACACGGACUUUUUCUUGGAUCGCAUCACGUCACCCGACUAUGACCACGCCGUGCACGCUUGCCACGUCCUCACGCGCCUCUCGCAGGACAAGCGGGUGUGGGCCAUGAGCGUUGCGCUCGUCAACAUGACGCAGCUGACGUCGCUGGCGCAGCGCGAGGCGCACUACAUGCAGUCGCUCUCGUCGGAGCGAUGCCUCGAGUUUACGCCGCGCUUUUCGUUGGCCUUUCUCACGCUGAUUGGCACGCUCCUCUUGCACGACGACUUGCCGGACGAGAGCCACGCGACGUUGCGCGAGUUCAACCACGUGCUCCAGAUCCCCGAUGUCGCGGCCAUGAUCAGCCGCGGCCUCUGCCAAUGCGACAGCAAGCACUGGACGUACGAUGUGCUGCACUUUCUCCGCAAGUUUCUGUCGCAGUCCAAGACCAAGGCGUUCCACGAGCGCAUUAGCCUCAUGACGCUUGCCGACGGUCUCUACACGUACAGCCAACGCAUGCACGAUGUCGUCGCGACCGCACGCACCGCGGUUGCGACCUCGGACGCGGCCAUGCUGGGCGUGACCAAGCAGCUGGACUUGGCCAAAGCCGAGCAUGACGUGGCCAAGCGCGCGUGGGCCGACCAAAUCGCGCAAGACGACGAGCGCCAGCAACGUCGAGAAGCCGAAAUGCACGCGCAGCUCGCCGCCAAGGACGCUGCAUACAACGCGCUUCAGAAAAAGUACGAAGCGCAUGUCGCGCAUCUGCAAAAGCAGCUCGACGUGGCGGCGCACGAGCUCGAUACCAAGAACCAAGCGCUGGAGAAGAAACAGCGCGCCCUUCAUGACAACCGACUGCAGCGCUGCAGCCUCGAGGAAGAAAACAACGAGCUCAAGCGCAAGCUCCACGUGCUGGAGAUGCGCAUUGACGAAGUCGCCGAGGCCCACGCCCGCACACGCCACGAUAUGAUGGAAAAAGAACAAGCCCGGCGCGACGCGCAGAUCGAAUUUGAAAGCAUCUCGGAAGCGUACGCGGCGCAGAGCGUCGAACACCUCGCGCUCCAGGAAGAGUUGGCGGCUCUGCAGGUGGCGCGCCGCGAGCGGGACGCCAAGUUUACCGAGACGUACAAGCAACUCGUGCUCCUCGCCAAAGCCCACACGAUGCAGAGCGAAGAGUUUAGCAAGACAAUGACAGAGCGAGACCAGCUCGAGGUCGAGCUCAGCUCGGCGCAAGAGUCGUUUGCGUCCUUGAGCAGCCGCUUCGAGAGCCAACAGUUGCAGCUGCAGACGUAUGUCAAGGAGAAAGCGGCGCUCGAUGGCACGAUUGCGCGCUACCAGCAGCAUCUGCAGGACGAACAAGACGCGGUGCAUGCACUUCGUCGCGAGCGGGAUGACGCCCAGCGGCAGCUCCAAGGCCUGCACGCAAAAUUCCUCGCCAAGGAGAGAGAGGUCGCCGACGCCUGUCUCCAACUGCAGGCCAAAGACGCCACGAUUCGGGAUCGGAACGACGACGUCAAGCGACUGAAACACGAGCUGCAGCAACACGCCGAGCUCCAAGCCAUGAUCCACAAGCUGAGCUCGCACAACGGCGAGAGCUCGAUGAACACGACGCUCUCGCAGCGGCCUGCGCCGCCACCCACCGCAUACGUGCCCGACUCGCAGUACAGCCAGUAGUAGAAGUACUGCGUUCGUCGCUGCUUGGACCCACUAUUUAAUACACCGCACAUCGUCUCUUGAUUCUCCUCG